UUUCCAAAGUCGUCACCCAUUUGUGGCUCGACCCGAAAACAUUGACUUAACUUUAUGUAUCCUUCACAUAUUAGUGGCAAGAAUAGACAAGUCCAAUACAAUCGAACAGUCAGUACUCGACGUGUUGCGGUCAACGUAAUACGAUUUCAGGGGGGCGUAGCUCCAAUCAGCCACUAAGAAAUAGUCAGCUAGCUGUAUUGAUUUUUUCUUUUUCAUCCCGGGACUGGGAGCUGGACGUUGCAAUUCACGCAAAUCACGGCCUUUCAUUUAAGAACCAACGAUAAAAUCUGAAGAUGGCAAAUGAGGCAAAGCCAUGUCCCUGCGACAUUGGAGACAAGAUGGAAUAUGGAGGUCUUGGAGAGGAAGUAGAGAUUGAGCACAUCAAGGCAUACGUCGUAAAUCCGUCUUCGGUUUCUGAAAAAGCCAUAAUUGUUAUCCAGGACAUUUAUGGAUGGAAGCUCCCCAAUACCAGAUACAUUGCCGAUUUACUUGCUUCGAAUGGAUACAUUGCCAUUUGCCCAGAUUUCUUUGUUGGAAAGGAGCCUUGGGACCCUAAUCAAGACUGGUCAACAUUCCAAGAGUGGCUGAAAGACAGAAAAGCGACGCAUAUAAACAAAGAGGUGGAUGCAGUGCUGAGGUACCUGAAGGAGCAGCGUGGUGCCAAGCAGAUAGCUGCUGUGGGAUUUUGCUGGGGAGGGGUUGCCACACACCACUUGGCAUUGCAGUAUCCAGAAAUCAAAGCUGGCGUCUCUGUUUACGGAAUAAUCAGAGACACUGAUGACAGGUAUCAGUUAAAAAGCCCUACACUGUUCAUUUUUGGCGAGAAGGAUGACGUAAUACCACUUGAUCAGGUGACUGUCCUUGAGAAGAAGCUGCAAGAAAAAUGUCCUGUGGACUUUCAAGUGAAAAUUUUUCCAGGCCAAACCCAUGGAUUUGUUCAUCGCAAGAGGGAAGACAUCAAUCCAAAUGACAAACCCUUCAUUGAAGAGGCCAGAAUGGACAUGCUGAAUUGGCUGAAUAAAUACAUCUAACAUCAUUAUUUUACAAAUUCCCAUUACCUAAACAGGUGUUUUGUUGAACUGUAAAAUAUCAACAAGUGAUGCUAUGCUGGAAUCAACCUUUGAAAUAGAAAGAGAAAUAUGCACAACUGGAAUCACUAGAUUUUUCUGCAACUCAAUGAUCCAAAAUUAGUUUAAAAUGACACCAUGACAAAACAUUUUAUUAAUGACCUCAGUACAAUUAAAAAUUGAAAUUUCUGUUUGCUAUGGAAUCAAAUAAUAAAUAAUUAUAUUAAAAGUUUGGACAGAUUCUACACAAGCUGAUUCAGACCUGGCACAUCACAGAGACUACAUCUCAUAGCCCUCAUCAGUCCUCCGACUCUCCUGGACUUCUGAUGUCAUCGAUUUUCAAGAUCAUCUUCAUAACCUGCAUGGCCAGAAAAAUCUGCUGCUUCUUCCCAAUCAGGGUCUCAACCACAUGUUGCUGCUUCAUAUCUGAGAAAGAACAAGUGCAGCUGGUCAGACAUCUCCAAGUUCUCACAUUUUAGCUUUUUCAUUGCAGGAUAUUAAAGCUUCAUUGCAUUAUAUUUAAAAUCCUGCAAAGUAUUUUAAGCAUUUGGCACUAAUUUGAUGACAAGUAUAACAUAAUCUGCUUCAUCAUGCCCAACUGCCAUGCAGCUUGAUUUAAGGAUUUUAGGCAGGCUGGAAUAAUAAUACGGUCUAAUCGUUUCCCACUGCAUGAAGUGAAAAAUGAUAUGAAUAUUAAUGUAAUACUGCAUAUUCUACAGUUUCAUGUGAAUAAACCUAAUAACCUCACAUAUAUCUUUAGCUGCAAUCAUGCACUGAUUGAAAAAGUUCGAGCAAUAAUGUACAAAGAAGAAAAAAAA